AUGGGUUCUUGCAUUAGCACAUGUAGACCCAAGAAACAUUCCCUUGAAGAGUUCAAGCAUGUCCAAGACAAGCUUGUGAUCUCACAAGCUCCUAAAACUCCCAUUCCUCAUCAGUACUCUAACAAGAUUUCUCCGUCUCCCCCUUCCCCUCCUACUUCAACAUCUUCCACUUCUUCCCUCUCUUGCACCGCCGGUAGCACCACUGCCAGCUCGUGCUCAUCGUUGUCAUCGAGUGCAUCUUCGGUCUUGAGCUCGAAAGACAGAUCGUUCUCCAGCGAGUUCUUGUGGUCGUGUGUUAAGGCGAACCCACAUAUUGUACGUAUCAAUUCAAUCAGGGAAAAUGCUAUUUUGUUCUCGCCUGCUAAAGUUUAUGCCCAAAAGCCAGACUUGGUGUCAAAACCAAUGGUGGCACCGGUGAAACAUUCAAUCCCAAAGAAGGUUGCUAGCUCUACACCACAGAAGAGAGUCCGGUCAAGCUCACCAACACCUCUACCCCGGCAGAAGAGUUUUCGGAGGGAGCCCGAGGGGUCGAGUCCUGCAUAUUCUGUACCAAACAGAAUUCAGAGGUCACCCUCUCCAAGCUGGAGAUACAAUGGUGAUAGAUAUAGAGCUUUUUUGACAAACACCUCUAUAGAAAGUCAUUCAAAGCGUAUGGUUGGCUUGAGGUCUAACACUGUGAGUUCUGUGCCAUCAUCUGUGAGGAAUGAAACACUUAGGCCAGCAAGUCCAAGCAAUUCAAGCCGCCGACGCCCUUAUUUGAGGAAUAGGGAGAUGCAAAUCCACAGAGUUGGUUCCAAAAUUGAUGAGGUUGCAGUUGGAAAAGCAGUCUCUGAUCAUGACAUGGACUCCAUUCCCAUGGAGGAGGACAUUGACAAUCCUCUUAUCUCCUUGGAUUGUUUCAUCUUUCUGUAG